AUGGGAAAUAAGUAUACCCGUUAUGCAAAGGCCUAUCCACAGUUUCAACAGCCAUCUGUUUACAAUAAUAUGCGUAUACCAACGUCUAUGGAGCAACCUAUUGAAAAUCCAGAUAAACCUGAGGUUUCGCAGGUACAGAAGCAGUAUGAGAAACGUCCGAGACAUAAACACACAUCUAUUUUAAAAAAAGCUCCAAAAACACACGGAGUUACGUUUGAUGAAACACCACGUCAUCACCAUCAUCAUCGUCAUCAUCAUCAUCACAAUCGAAAACAUGACAAGGAAAGUUCUCAUCAUCACCAUCAUUCUAAAACUACUGAAAUAAAUCAAACAGAUUUACAGCCAACAGCUACCGUUCCUCCUCCCGUUAUCAAGAAGGACUCACAUGUACAACAUAGCAUUCAACAGUCAACUGAUUCUCAUCAAUCACCAUUACCUCAACCUGAAGAAAUAUCAGAAAAAAAUCCAGUGAUCAAACCAACAGAUUCUGUUCGGAAUGAACUGACCCUCCAAGACCAAUCACUACCUCAACGGCCAACCUCUCCUCAUGAGCCAGUAGUCCCUAUACAAUCAAAUUAUAUAUCAAAUAGUACGCAAGAGAAUGAUCAGACUUUAAAUUUAGCAGUAACGAGAAGAAUAUCAUCUCGUUUUGAAACACCCGGUAGUAAGAAAUGGUAUGAUAAUGGCUUUGAAAGGAAGGUCCAUUCUGUAAUUACUGAAGUGCCAUAA